UAUUUAUUUCCUAUCGCCUCGGCAUCCUCGUCCUCCUCCUCCUCCUGCGCCUGUCCGCCUCCGCGGCCCUCCCCGGCCUCCGCGGCCCUCCCCGGCCUUCCCCGCGCGGGCCGGGCGGCGCCACCCUCCGGCCGGAGCGCGGUACUGCACGGCCCCCGCCGACUCUCGAUGUUCCACGCUCCCCGGCCGGAGCCUCCGCGGCUUCUUUUUUCCCUCCCCCCCCUCCCGCCCCCCCCGCGGCUGCCUCCAUUUCCUCAAGGAAGGGUUUUUUUCGCUCUCCCUCCCCCACAGCGUAGCGGCGCGCGAGCGGGCCGGGCGGGCGGCCGAGUUUUCUAAGAAAUAAGUUCACCAAGAUGUCCAGUGAUAGGCAAAGGUCCGAUGAUGAGAGCCCCAGCACCAGCAGUGGGAGUUCAGAUGCAGACCAGCGGGACCCCGCCGCCCCAGAGCCCGAAGAGCAAGAGGAAAGAAAACCUUCUGCCACCCAGCAGAAGAAAAACACCAAACUCUCUAGCAAAACCACUGCUAAGUUAUCCACUAGUGCUAAAAGAAUUCAGAAGGAGCUAGCCGAAAUAACUCUUGAUCCUCCUCCUAACUGCAGUGCUGGGCCUAAAGGAGAUAACAUUUAUGAAUGGAGAUCGACUAUACUUGGUCCACCAGGUUCUGUAUAUGAAGGUGGUGUGUUUUUUCUGGAUAUCACUUUUUCAUCUGAUUAUCCAUUUAAGCCACCAAAGGUUACUUUCCGCACCAGAAUCUAUCAUUGCAACAUCAACAGUCAGGGAGUCAUCUGUCUGGACAUCCUUAAAGACAACUGGAGUCCUGCUUUGACUAUUUCAAAGGUUUUGCUGUCGAUUUGUUCUCUUUUGACAGAUUGCAACCCUGCGGAUCCUCUGGUUGGAAGCAUAGCCACUCAGUAUUUGACCAACAGAGCAGAACAUGACAGGAUAGCCAGACAGUGGACCAAGAGAUACGCCACAUAAUUCACAGAAUUUGUAUGCGGUGUGAAGGAGCAGAAGGCCCCUUCCCACUGUGCUGCAAAUCUUUAUAGCCUUUACAAUACGGACUUCUGUGUAUAUGUUAUACUGAUUCUACUCUCUGCUUUUAUCCUUUGGAGACUGGGAGACUCCCCAAAAAAGGUAAAUGCUAUCAAGAGUAGAACUUUGUAGCUGUAGAUUAGUUAUGUUUAAAACGCCUACUUGCAAGUCUUGCUUCUUUGGGAUAUCAAAAUGUAUUUUGUGAUGUACUAAGGAUACUGGUCCUGAAGUCUACCAAAUAUUAUAGUGCAUUUUAGCCUAAUUCAUUAUCUGUAUGAAGUUAUAAAAGUAGCUGUAGAUGACUAGGAAUUAUGUCAUUUGUAUUAAACCCAGAUCUAUUUCUGAGUAUGUGGUUCAUGCUGUUGUGAAAAAUGUUUUACCUUUUACCUUUGUCAGUUUGUAAUGAGAGGAUUUCCUUUUACCCUUUGUAGCUCAGAGAGCACCUGAUGUAUCAUCUCAAACACAAUAAACAUGCUCCUGAAGGCAUA